ACGUGCGGCGGCAACAUGGCGGCGGCGGGGCGGCGGGCGAGAGCGGCGCGUGGGGUCGCGGCGGGGCGGCGCCGGCGGCCGCGGGUGGCGGGCCCAGGCGCCGACGGGAAGCCCCGGCCGGCGCCGCCCCGGAGCCGCGACGAGGAGGUGUCCAGUGAAGAGGAGACAGAGAGCGCGGCGGCGGUGCGGCGGCGGGAGGAGGCAGCCGCCGAGGAGGAGGUGGCGGAGACGCCGCAGGAGAAGAAGCUGCGCCUGGCCAAGCUCUACCUAGAGGAGCUGCGGCGGCACGAGGAAGAGCGGGCGGAGGAAGAGGCCGCGGCCUUCCCCGGGGACCUCGUCGGCGAGCGCCUGAAGGAGGCCGUGCUCGAGCAGCAGGGACGACUGCGACGCCCCGCGGCCCAGGACGUGUGCCCUCCGGCCCCGGCUGCCAUCCGAGUUCUGCGGGGGCACCAGCAGCCUGUCACCUGCCUCGUUAUCUCUCCAGAUGACAAGUUCAUUUUUUCAGCUGCUAAGGACGGCUCCAUCAUCAAAUGGGAGGUGGAGAGCGGGAAGAGACUCUGCGUGGUGCCCGGGGGCAAGAAGAGCAUGGAGGGGCAGCCCAUGGGGCACACAGCCCAUGUUCUCUGCAUUGCCAUCUCGUCGGACGGCAAGUACCUGGCUACAGGAGACAGGAACAAGCUGAUUCUGAUCUGGGAGGCAGCCACCUGCAAGCGCCUUUAUACAUUCACUGGUCAUCGCGAUGCUGUGUCGGGCUUGUCCUUCCAGAAGGGCACGUACCAGCUGUACAGUGCAUCCCAUGACCGCUCCGUCAAGGUCUGGAAUGUGGAGGAGAAUGCUUACGUGGAGACCCUCUUUGGGCACCAGGAUGUCAUCACGGGGAUGGACAGCCUGAGUUGGGAGUGCUGCGUGACCUCAGGGGGACGGGAUGGCACUGUGCGUUUCUGGAAGAUCCCCGAGGAGUCACAGCUCAUUUUCUAUGGGCAUCAGGGCUCCAUUGACUGCAUCCAGCUCAUCAAUGAGGAGCACAUGGUAUCAGGUGCUGAUGAUGGGUCUGUGGCCCUGUGGGGGCUGGCGAAGAAGAAGCCACUGGCACUGGUGAGGCAGUCGCAUGGGAGGCAGGGUUCUGCCCAGGAGCUGCAGCAGCCGUACUGGGUAUCUGCAGUAGCCGCCUUGCUCAACAGCGACCUUGUGGCUACAGGUUCCCACAGUGGCUGUGUGAAGUUGUGGAAGUGCGGUGAGGGAUUUCAGAAGCUGGAACCCCUCUGUGAUAUCCCAUUGAUUGGCUUUGUCAACAGUCUGAAGUUCUCAUCAGCGGGAGACUUCCUGGUGGCUGGCAUUGGGCAGGAGCACCGGUUAGGCCGAUGGUGGAGAGUAAAAGAAGCCAAGAACUGCAUCUGCAUCAUCCCCCUUAAGCGUAGAGCUGGAGCCGCUGGUCCCAUGGCAGCUGACAGCGCAUAGCCUUCAAGUACUGCCCCGAAAGCUGCAGGAGCUGGAUCAUUAAAGCCUGUGUAAUACAGAGUA